AUGUCAACAACCGAAAUAAAUAAUUCCAACGCUGAUUUUAAUUGGUUAAAAAGAGCGAUAUCGGAAAAUUAUAUCAAGUAUUAUGAUUUUGCCGAAUUCACUAAUUGGGAAGAAAUUAGCUACGGUUCUUAUGGAAAUGUUUCUUGCGCGAAUUGGAAAGCAUGUUGGAAAUAUGACCCAAAUGAACGUCCUACUAUGCAACAAGAUACUUCCAUUUUAAAUUGA